CGUGUUCCGAGAUGUCGAAAGGCCUUGCGCACUGUGUAUUGCAUCGUAUCCGUGGCUGCUCGUGGCUUCUGGCAAGACGUGCCGCUCCAGAGUCCCAAGUGCCGCCAGCUUCGCUGGAGCCCCCGUCGCCGAAACGGCAUGGCCCGAGCUCGGCGGCAGCCCCAUCACUGGCCAGUUUGGCUCUCGGGGCCCUGGGCGGCCCGAUGCACGCGUGCAUGCGGGCCUUAUGGCAAAAAUGAAGUGGAAGGCGCCCGCGGUUGUCAGAGGCCGGCCCCGCAGGGAUGCGGCGCUGGGUCGUGCUGGCGGCAGUGCUGGCCACGCUGGCCUCUGGGCGCCAUGCGGCCUCAGAGCGCUCCAGGUCCGCGCUCCGAAGGACGGGGGGACACCGCGGAGGCCGUGGGCGCCUCCGAGCUGCUGGGCCUGCAGGCCGUGCCCCCCGCCGAGUUCCACACGCGCUGCAUGACGUUCCUCAACGCCGUCGUCGCCGAGGCGGGCGGCGAGCCCGGGCGCGUGCAGGAGGUCAUGGAGCGCAGGCCGCGCAGGCCGCGCAGGGGUGUCGCAGCUCGUGGCGUUCUGGCCUGUCCUCGCGGCGAAGGUCGCUCUUGCCUCGGGAAUCCGCCUGUAGAGGGACACGCCCGACCUCAGCUUGUGCAAAGCCGAAGGUGCGGCGGCGACGCGCAGGCCAUGCUGCACAGGCGGGUGCCCUCUGCGCUGGCGGUGCGCUGCCGUGGUCUGGGCGCCCGCCUGGUGGACCACAUGCAGAGAACGGAGGUCAGGAGAGAGACGGCGAUUCGCGGCGCCUGGUGUCCUCGCCUUGGGACCCGCCUCGCGUCCACCACUUCUACCAGGCGGCGGCGGCGUGGUGCUACGACGUGUUCGGCGCGCACCAGAACCACAGCUGGGACCGCCUCGUGGUGACCCCGCCGAGCCGCGGACCGCCCGAGGACCUCUCGGCGGUGGGCCCCUCCCGGCGCUCCAGUGGCGCGGCGGGCACUGGCGCGCAGAGCGCGUGGCCUUUCCUGGUGGCACUUCACGUGGCGGCCCUCCUCGCCUGGCGCAGGUGAGCGAGCCCACCAAUCCAGGGCGAGGGCUUCGGGCAGGACCGCCCCCCCGCGCUCCGCCCGCGGCCGAGGCGCCGGGCUGCAGCGGGCAGGGAGAGGCGGAGCCGCACGCCGGCGGCCUUCCCCCUGCCUCGGGGAGGCGUCGGGAGGUGCGAGGCUCUGGCGGCCGCCCUGAGCGGUAUCGGUACCUUUUGGAUUCCCCAUGUUCUGCGCCGUCGCGGCACGAUCUGCGAAGCAGCGUGAUUGUGGCUCUUCUCGGUCGUGGGACGCGACGAGAACCCUCCACUGAGAGCCCGCAGCAGCGGUGGCACUGCGAAUGGGAACGCUCGAUGGAAGAGCCUUGGUGAAAUUGCUGGCGUGCUGUCAUCGCGCAGACCGAAAAUCAUCGCAUCAAACGUACACGUCCAAGGCAGUCAGUAUUUCGGAAAGUCUCGAAGGCCUCGCCGUGCGCGCCUUCGAUUUCAGGCACGCCAUCUGUUGCUUGCCAGCUCCGUGGGUGCUGAAAGAGCUGGUUCACGGCUGUGGAUGCAGUACCCCCCGAAGGAGAUUGGUCGAAUGUUCUGCCACAUGGGAAUGUGCCCUGGCCUACCGAUAGCCUCGAG